ACAAACGACGACAUCAAACCGAAGGCAGCCACCACGUGAUUGCGCGACUACAGGAAAUCCCUUCCUCCAAGGAGGUAUGGUUCCGUGCUGCGGUCAUCACCGUACCAAUUGCUGGUGGCCUCAUCUUGGUUCUCCUCAUCAUGCUUGCCCUGCAUAUGCUUCGCAGCGAAAACCGCAGACUGCGACAACAACGGCGAGAAAUGCUGUCUCGCCUUCAUUACAGCUUUCAUGGCCAACACCUCACCAAGGGUCAUGUGGCCAAACUGGACUUAGAGUGUAUGGUUCCAGUAGGAGGCCAUGAGAACUGCUGCCUGACCUGUGACAAGAUUCAGCAGUCCGAUCUUAGCAGCCAAAGACUUCUUUCAUUGGUCAGCUGGGGAAAGUACAGCGGCCGAAGUAAGCUGGAGUUUGUGUAA